AUGUAUCCAAUGGCGUAUGUAAAACAUGGAUUCGCCGCUUAUUCUGACCAUACACCAAUCUCCCUAUUUUUGCUUGAUGACUCACCACAAAAGAAAGGAGCUAAGAUUUUUCGAUUUGAAGCUAUGUGGGCAACGGAAAAGGGCUGUAAAGAAGUGGUGGAAAGAGCUUGGAGGCUUGGUAAUGCUACUAACGACAUGAGUGGAAUCACUGAAAAAAUUAAGUGUUGUGGUGAACUCUUAUCUGCCUGGAACCAACAUCACUUUGGGAAUGUACACAAGCAGCUGAAGCAAGCCAAGCAUAAGUUGGAACGUCUGGCUGAGUUGAAUCCGAGUAGACAGUCGUAG